GAGCAGCUGAGCGUCAGUCUGGUGUGUAAACAAGGUCAGAGACACUGCAGCAGUCAGACAAACACUUCACACACCGGGCUGCUGUUCGCUCUGCGGGCGACACAAGAAGAAAACUUCCAGAACAAACACCUGAGGAGACAGGAAUCUGAAACACAGCAGCCAAGAUGAUGCAGUGUUUUCACUUCAUGGUGGAGCCGGCCAAAACUUUAACGGCUAAGAUAAAGGAGUCGAACAAGAGGGCGAAGAAGGAGCAGCCUCUGGAUGAGGAUCAGCUGUUUAUUGUGGAUCUGGCCCGAGACCUCAGCCGAGUGUGUCAGAGGUCGUCAGCCCUGGAGCACAUCUGGAACCUGGACGACACCUGGCCCUCGUCUCUCUGCAGGGUCUUCAUCCUGCAGUGGGCCUCCAUGUUAGAGAGCAAGAAGAGGCCGAUGCAGACGGACGGCUGGCCGGAGAUCGAUGAGGUCAAACAUUCUGAUGCGAUCAACGAGCAGGAAGUUCUGCAGGCCAAGUCUGUGAUCCUCACCUGGAUCAAGGACCUGAGGGCUCAGCCCGAGCAGAGCGUGUGGCCCGGUGAACCAGUAGCAAAGGUUCUGGACGACCUGCAGUCUGCCUGGCGUUGGGGCCGCGCUCCGAACCUGCAGACCGCCAUGGAGCUUGUGAUGUGGACUUUGAUGCUGCAGAGACCCGAUAAGGACACCAUACCGCAGCAGUGGCUCAUGUGGAAGCAGCGCAUGCAGAAGAUCGGUGCCAUCUCCUACGUUCCUCAGCCAGUGUGGGACUGGAUCUCAGACGCUGCAGUGGAGGUGACUCUGGACUUGGACACGGCGAACCCCGACCUGCUCAUCACUAACGAGAAGAAGAUGCGCUGCGGCUUUGAGAGGAAGGAUAUCCCAAACUACCACCAGAGGUUUGACGGCUGGUGGUGCGCCGUCGGGGUGGAGGGCUUCGGCUCGGGCCGUCACUACUGGGAGGUGGAGGUGGGCGAGCGGGACUGGCGCCUGGGCGUGGCCAAAGAGUCGGCCCUGCGGAAAGGGUUCAAGUCCCUGAACACGGACACGGGUUACCUGAGCCUGCGGCUGGAGAGAGGCAGCGAGCUGAAGGCGCUGACCGUGCCCUACACCGCCCUGCCGCCGGGCCUCAUCCCCCGCAAGGUGGGUGUCUACCUCGACUACAACUGUGGCCAGCUGUCGUUCUACGACGCCGACAGACACCUGCACAUCUACACCUACAACGAGAGCUUCACCGAGAAGCUGUUCCCCUUGUUUGGAACCGUGGAGAUCGUCAGGGAUCUGGUGAUCAAAUCUCCGGCUGCUAAGAGUCAGUGUCUGUGCCCGACCUCCUGCAUCUGGGCUUAAACCCGUCACUUUUAAAAACACCUAGAUAUCAAAUAAAGCAGGUUAAACAAUCCGAUCCUGAUGUAAACACAUCGUCUCCUCAGUGUGACCUCUCUCUCUCGCUCUCUCUUCUGCUGCUGCUUUAAACGUGAUCGUUGCACUUCUUCCUCUCUGUAGAGCUGUGCUUAAUCUCUCCGCUCACUCACGAUGUGUUUUCAUAUAUCUCUAAAAGGACACCUGUAGUAUUAUCGUCCUGUAAUGUGCAAUAUUAACCCUGCAGUAAGAACGCAUUCCUGUGAAUGAUCAAUAAACCAAAAACAUGUCAGUUA